AUGUCCGUUUCAUCAUAUGAAGGGGACGAUAUACAAGUGACCAGGAAAAGGAAACGAUUAGAUGGAGGGAUGUCUUGGAGUAGAGAUAGUAUUGCUGCAUCUAGGCAGCUCAUUUUGGAAGAGCUUGACCUGGAAAUAGAUGUUAGGCAACGAGUACAUGAUAUGAUUCAAUCUCGCAUAACUUGGGCUCUCAUUCUCCAAGAAGCCCUAGAGAAUAAGGAUAUUCAAGCUCAGGCUCAGGCAUCUGAAGCAUUCCAAAACGCGGCUAUGGAAGCACUGGAUACUGCUGAAGCUUCAUGUCUCCCGUUUCUCUCCCGUGAAACCCUACCAGCCGUUCCUCGUGCCCCUGCACCCAUCAAAUCCGCGCCCGCUUCCGUGUUAGCGCCCACCCCACCUCUGAUAGAGCCUCGUCAUACUCGCCAUACACGUCAACGACCACUCAAUGAUCUUGCCCGCCCCGCCCGCAGCAGCAACGCCAAGCUACUUUUUCUACAGAACACAAACACAUCCCCUCCCACCCUCGCCAAACUCGCCUGUCCUGAUUGCGCGCGCACCAACUUCCCGAGCGUCCAGGGCCUGCUAAAUCACUGCCGCCUGCGCCAUUCUCGCGAUUUCGGAAGCCACGAUGAAUGCAUACGGAAUUGUGCGGUGUCCGUUCCCAAGGAAGAGCAGGAGUGGGUGAUGCAAAACGGCAUCGAGCUCGGAGAGGUCAGUCUGCCGAGUUUGAGGAGCUUGUUUGAGAUUGCUGUCGGCGGCAGUAGAACGGAAGUACCUUCCGCACCGGACGAUGAUGGCGAACGGGAGAAUCCCGAGCCUGAACAGAUCGUGGGGAGCGCUGUCAUCGGUUCAAGCUCAAAGACGAGUACUCAUCUGUCGAAGACGCUUGGUCUCCAUAUUGAUACUCCUGCGCUGGCGCCCUUUCUUGGUCUCAGCCAUGCCCCAAAGCGUAGAUGCAUCAAUGUCCUGGACCAAGGUAAAUUCGUUGAUAUCUUUGACGAUGUUGGAAACACAAUCUCCGACAACGUGAGCCCAAUGCACGUGGGAGGACCUCGAUGGCGGAUGCCAUACACGCAUCGAAGCAAAGCGCGUGCCUCGCUCGACAUCGCCCUGCAUUCCGAUAUCGCUGAACACAACGAGGCCCUAGAUCAUGCCCAUCUACCACCGUCCAUUCCUCCUUCUUUAUCAUUCGAUCCUUCCGCGGCAGCCGCCGGCAGCAGGUUUCAUAUCAUUGCGCGCGUGGCCAUCACAGACCGAAGCUUCUGGCUGCCUUCUAAUCAACGACCGCCGGCUCUCCAGGAACACACACAUCGUUGGAUGCUAUCCAUAGAUUCUCCUUCCUACGUAAGUGACAACCCCGCAUCGCUUCCAUUUCUCUUGCCUCCGUGGAGCGCCGAACUGGACCUGAACCCAUACGGAAACUUUAGAGCCUCCAUCUGUCCGCUUUUCUAG